UUUGUUUUUCCACAGCGGUUGCCCUGAUGACGACAGCCGUCAUAUCCACAUGUGACCACGGUGUUGUCGCCAAAAUCAAGAGGGUCAUUAUGGAGCGAGACACGUAUCCGCGCAAAUGGGGCCUUGGACCGAAGGCUAGUCAGAAGAAAAUGAUGAUCCAAAAAGGACUUCUAGACAAACAUGGCAAACCCAACGGCAGCACCCCGGCAGACUGGAAAGAGAGCUACGUAGACUACAGGUACAGUUACUUCUGAGCCGAUAUUUAAUGU